AUGACUGGUCGUAUUCGAACACAGAAAAAAAUUUUCACACCAACAACAAACACCUAUGAACCUGAAUGCUUCUUAUGCCAAAUCAUCGACACACAAGAAUAUGUCAUCGUGCAUCGAUCAAGUAUGAAACGAAUUUAUGGUGACUCGGGUGAAAUCAUGGUGUUUGGUCGACGAACAGAAGCUAAAAUAGAACAUCGAGGUAGCCGCGAGGAAUGUCGUCGUAUUUGGCAAAAGAAAGAAGAAGCACAGAAUUCAACAAGUUUUGAUGAUAAUAAUGGUUGUGAAGAUGAAGAUGAAGAAGAAGAUGAAAAUGAAAAUGAAAAUGAUGAAGAAGCAAUAGAUAUACUGACUUAUCGUUCCAAUUCGAAAACUUUAUCAAAAUCAUGUGCGCCUAAUAAAAAACGGACUCCACUUCAAUCAACUAUACAUUUUAAUGAACGUCCUUCAACUAUGAAAUCAACCAAAAGAAUAAAACGUAAUGAUUUCGAAAACGAAAUUCAAGUUUUACGUGGUGGAACCUCGAGCGAUGAUGAAGUUGAUGAGUCACAUUUGAAUGUUUCAUCAGCGUCUUCUAUCAUUCAACAUCUUGAUGUCGUAUUGGAUUCCAUCCGUCAAGAAAAUCAAAAAUAUUUUGUACAAUUAUCGAAGAAAAUCGAAAAAAACAAUCAUGCUAAUGACAUUGACAUUUCGGCUUAUCGUGAACCCGGGACCAGUCAAAUACAAGAGGACGUCAUGCACGGAAAUAUCAACUUGCUUCUUAUUCGAGGGAAAAGCGUUGGAGAUUAUGCUCGACAAGUGUUGCGUUCACUUUAUUCACGUGAAGAAUUAACAUCUUCCAUUUUACCUCCAGGUGGUGAACAGUUUGCUCGAAAGCCAUUGGACAAUCAACGAUUUGAAAAAUUACAUCGAGCGUUACGAUGUAAAUAUAACAUAAGUGGAAGUCGAUACGAUGAGUUUUUUCACAAGUUGCUUAGGCCAAAACUGGUUGACUUUUUGUCCGACGAGCGUAAACGAGCACGCAAGAGCGAAUCAACCAAAUCACCACCAUCUUCAUCAUGUGACCGAGAUUAA